GGCAACUGACCGGCCGGUGGCGGGAGCGGCGGUUGGAGGCUGAGCGCGAGCCCGAGCGCGAGCCAAGGAGUUCACUGACCCCGACCACCACCACCAGGUCUCCAGGGCAACCGACCGGCCGGUGGCGGCGGCGACGGCGCUAGGAUGAGACGGCGGCUUCACAGUGGCAGCGGCGGCGGCGGCGGCGGGGGGAAGGCGUCGCGGACCCUCAGCCACAAGGAUCUGAAGGAAAUGAAGGACAAGGUGGAGCAGGAGGAGGAGAGGGAGAACCGCGACUCCGCCGGCUUCAGUUGCCAUAAGCUCCAGGAGUCCUUACUGAGCUCAGCAAGUGGAUACAGCAAUUACAGAGGAAUUCUCAACUGGUGUGUGGUCAUGUUGAUUUUGAGCAAUGCACGUCUUUUCCUGGAGAACCUCAUCAAGUAUGGUAUUUUAGUGGAUCCCAUCCAAAUAGUCUCACUCUUUCUGAAGGAUCCCUACAGCUGGCCUGCACUGUGCCUCGUUAUCGCCUCAAAUGUGUUUGUAAUUGUGACACUGCAGAUUGAAAGGCGAAUGGCCACGGGUAGUCUGUCUGAGGGAUUUGGGCUCCUCCUGCACACCAUUACUCUGAUCACCAUUCUCACCUUCCCUGCCGCUGUGGUGUUAAUCGUGCGCUCAAUAACUCCAGUUGGUGCAGUGCUGGCGCUGAUGUGGUACACCAUCCUGCUCCUCAAGCUCUACUCGUAUAAGGACGUAAACAAAUGGAGCCGAGAAUUGUGCAAAGCCAAAGUGAAGACGUUAUCAAGGUCUUUGUCAGCUCCGGGGUUGAAGGAGAAUGGAGAAGCUGUGCAGUUGGUGGUCGUGUACCCGGGAAACCUGACGUACAAAGACAUGUAUUACUUCCUGUUUGCACCCACCCUGUGCUAUGAGCUUAAUUUUCCCCGGUCACCCCGCAUCCGCAAGCGCUUCCUGCUGAGGAGAUUGUUGGAAAUGCUUUUCUUCAUCCAGUUACAAGUGGGGUUAAUUCAGCAGUGGAUAGUGCCAGCCAUACAGAACUCCAUGAAGCCAUUCAGGGACAUGGACUAUUCCAGGAUGAUCGAGCGCCUUCUGAAGCUUGCAGUUCCCAACCACCUCAUCUGGCUCAUCUUCUUCUACUGGUUCUUCCACUCCUCCAUGAACUUCCUGGCUGAGCUGCUGCAGUUUGGUGAUCGGGAGUUCUACAGGGACUGGUGGAAUUCUGAAACGGUGACGUACUUCUGGAAGAAUUGGAAUAUUCCCGUCCACAAAUGGUGCAGCAGACACUUCUACAAGCCCAUGCUGAAGAAGGGAGUGAACAAGAGGAUGGCUCAGGCAGGAGUCUUCCUCGCUUCUGCUUUCUUUCACGAGUACCUGGUCAGCAUUCCGCUGAAGAUGUUCCGGCUCUGGGCGUUCAUGGGCAUGAUGGCGCAGGUGCCGCUGGCCUGGCUGGUCGGGAGGUUCCUGAGCGGCAACUACGGCAACGCUGCAGUGUGGCUGUCUCUGAUCAUCGGGCAGCCGGUGGCCGUGCUCAUGUACGUGCACGAUUACUACAUCCUCAACUACGAGGGCAGCCUGUGACCCAGGAGAGGUCGCCCUGCACAGCCACCCACAACCUCCCCCCUCCCCCCAUGG